GUAGUAAAGUAAAGGGCUUGUCGACGAAAAAAAAAAAACAUAUAUCCGAAACCAUCAGGUCUUGUCUGAUUUUUUAAAGCACAGAUGUAACGUUGGGAAUGACUGGAGAUGCGCAAAAGCGCGCCACUCCCGUUGGCACACUGGAAUAAAAAUCUGGACAGCGGACCGCGACAUCGGAUUCGGAGUUAUCCAGUACUUUGUGGAUUACUACAACAGCUGGAAUAAUGAUUCACAUCAUUUUAUGGGCAUGUUUCGUCUCUACCUCAGAUUCCAUAAUGGACCUCACCAUGAUUUCAAAUGUGGAACACGGUCACACUCGCACCAUCACGUGUGUAUCUGGUGAGCGUAACUCCAAUCUUCAACUGGCUAUCACUAAGGACCAGAAGAUCAUCAAGUAUCCACACGCGCCAAAGUUCAAGGAGACCAAAGGCUCCAGCGAGGUCAACGAGGUGGUGGCCUACGAUUUCCACCGCAUAGACUACAUAGGGAUCUUUUACUGUGAGGCCACACACGAGGCCAGCCAAUACACUGUGACCUUCAUCAGCAACAGCAUCAAUGGGAUGUUGGCCCCUGCACAGCUCUCCGUGACAGCCAACAAGGGAGACACAGUGGAGCUGGUCAUUUACAUUCACAAAACAGACAGAAAAGAAGAGAUCACUUGGAAACAAAAUGGUAACUUCUACUCCACAACACAUGUUCAGGAGCGUGUGGAGAACACAGCAAGGUUAACUUUAAAUGCCGUCACGGAGGACUUGGCAGGAAUCUACAGUGCCAACUUCAUCGGGGACAGCUUCAUCCAAGGGGCCAGCAUGAGACUCCUCGUCAGAGCGUGCCCUGACAAGAAGUGGGGGACGUACUGUGACCAGGAAUGCCCAGAGUGCCUGAAUGGCGGCGUGUGCCACGACAAGAGCGGAGAUUGCCUGUGCCCGCCGGGAUUCAUGGGCAUGCGCUGUGAGACAGCGUGCAGAGAAGGGAAGUUUGGCCACAACUGCCAGGAGUCGUGCAAUAAGACGAUGAACUGCAGGGGUUUAGCCUUCUGCCUGCUGGACCCCUACGGAUGCUCCUGCGCCAGUGGAUGGCAUGGACCCCUCUGUAAUGAGAAGUGUCCUCAUGGUAUGUAUGGAGCGGGCUGUCGGCUGCGCUGCGACUGUAAGAACGGCGGAACCUGCAGUCCCUACAGUGGCUGCCAGUGUCAGACGGGGUGGCGUGGACAACACUGUGAAAAAUCAGAGCACGCUCCUCAGAUCAUCGAGAUGGCCAGCAACCUGGAAUGGAACCUGCUGUCCAGUCCCAAGAUCACCUGCUCGGCCACAGGCAACCCUCCACCCAGGCACCUCAGCAUAGUACUACGCAAGCUGGACAGCACCGAGCUUCAGCCUGUCCACACGACCACAGACUCGGACAAGAGCACUGCCCAUUUUGAGAUCAAGCGCUUGCAGGCAGAGCACGGAGGACUGUGGGAGUGCAGAGUGUCCACCAAUGGCGGAGGGGACUCCCGCAAGUUCAAUCUAACCGUCAAGGAGCCCCCGCGUCCCACUACGCCCCCUAGGCUCCUGGAGAAGAAGAGCAAGCAGCUGGUGGUGAUCCCUAUGGACGUCUACACGGGGGACGGCCCCAUCAUCUCCACCAAGCUCCUCUACAAGCCCAUGGGAGAGGAGUCCUUCUCCUCCAUCAGGGUGUACAGCAGGGAGCCCAUCACCCUGAUGCACCUGCAGCCCUCGACGCGGUACCUGCUGAGGGUGCAGCUGACCAGGCCUGGCGAGGGAGGAGAGGGGGACAUGGGCCCCGAGGCCAUCAUGGAGACAGACUGCCCAGAGCCCACUGCCAGGCCGGAGAUCGAUUUCAACUCGCUGGAGGGCCGUAACGCCACGGUCAGGUGGUCUUUGCCCCCCGGCGGCCACGGUGCGGCCACCGGCUUUUUAGUUGAGUUCUACGACCCCCCGCCGAGCCCCGGCCUCCCCCCGCCGAAGCUGUGGGACAGGCACAUCUUGCUCAAUGUGCACGCCAUCCAGCUGCCCAACCUCGAGUACCACCGGGACUAUAGCGUGGUCGUCCGCUUGGUGAACUGCGGCAGUCUCGGCCCGGCGUCCAAGCCGUACGUCCUCCGCGUCAAGAGCCAGGGACCCUCGUCCCCGAAGCACGUCCGUGCCGAGGCCAUCUCGUUCAACGCGGUGCGCGUCCAGUGGCAGCCUCCGGACGACCCCAACGGCGGCAUCAUCAAGUACACCAUCGAGUACCAGCCGGCGGGCCAGGUCAGCACGCACCAGUGGGUGGACACGGACGACAGCAACAGGACGGCCAAGGAGAUCACGGCGCUGAACGGCAGCACCAGCUACCUCUUCAGGGUCAGGGCUUUCUCCAAGGUGCCGGGGGAGUGGAGCCGGUUCGUGGAGGCCAGGACCCGCGGAGGUGGGGAUGCAGGCACCCUCAGCUUCACACCCACUACCCAGGGGGUGGUGCGUCCAGGCGGAGACAGCUACCAGCUCCUGGUGGCUGUGGUGGGCUCGGUGACUGUCACCUGCGUCACCAUCCUGUUGGCCCUCGUCAUCCUCUUCUGCAUUCGCAAGAGUCUGCUCAAGCGCCGACGCACCUUCACCUACCAGUCGGGAUCGGGAGAGGAGACCAUCCUCCAGUUUAACUCUGGCACCCUGACUCUGACCAGGCGGCCUAAACCCAACCCGGAGCCCCUCACCUACCCCAUCCUGGAGUGGGACGACAUCAAGUUCGAGGACGUGAUUGGGGAGGGCAACUUCGGCCAGGUGAUCAAGGCCAUGAUCAAGAACAAAGACGGGAACAAGAUGAGUGCCGCCAUCAAAAUGCUAAAAGAAUUUGCCUCUGAGAACGACCACCGAGACUUUGCUGGAGAGCUGGAGGUUUUAUGUAAGCUUGGUCAACACCCCAACAUCAUCAACCUCAUUGGUGCCUGUGAGAACAGAGGGUACCUCUACAUUGCCAUCGAGUAUGCGCCUUACGGAAACCUGCUGGAUUUCUUGAGGAAGAGCCGAGUGUUGGAGACGGACCCCGCCUUCGCCAAAGAGCACGGCACCGCCUCCACCCUCACCUCACAGCAGCUGCUGCAGUUCGCCGUGGACGUGGCCAAUGGCAUGCAUUACCUCAGCGACAAACAGUUUAUCCACCGCGACUUGGCCGCCAGAAAUGUACUGGUUGGAGAGAACCUGGUGGCCAAGAUAGCCGACUUCGGCUUGUCUCGGGGAGAAGAGGUGUACGUCAAGAAGACCAUGGUAAAUGCACCAAUAAUAACGGGGAGGCUGCCAGUGCGAUGGAUGGCCAUAGAAUCUCUUAACUACAGCGUCUACACCACAAAGAGUGACGUGUGGUCAUUUGGUGUCUUGCUGUGGGAGAUUGUCAGCUUAGGUGGCACACCUUACUGUGGCAUGACCUGUGCAGAACUCUAUGAGAAGCUUCCGCAGGGAUUCCGCAUGGAGAAGCCCAAGAACUGUGACGACGAAGUGUAUGAGCUGAUGCGGCAAUGCUGGAGGGAUCGGCCGUACGAGCGACCGCCCUUCUCCCAAAUCUCUGUGCAGCUCACCAGGAUGCAAGAGGCAAGGAAGGCCUACGUGAACAUGGCGCUAUUCGAGAACUUCACCUACGCUGGAAUAGACGCCACCGCGGAAGAGGCCUGACUACCAGCCCCCCCAGACCCUGAGAGUGCGCGUCGCCCGCGGAGGGAGCGCCGUGGCCGGUCUCCCACAACAACGACGACGACAGCACGCUACUGCCACCACCCCCCUGCGGCCCUCGCCCAAGCCCAGACCCACGCUGACGUCCACAGCCGACGCUUCACCCACAGCACCUGGCUCUAGACUUUAGACGCCGAAAAAGACUGUGACAGGACACUUGAUUUGGAGGUGGGGGCGCGGCCAUAGUGCCCUAUCUUUGGCCUGCCAUGGAGCAGCCUGCUGUGGGGGAGCAAGGGGUGUAGGAGGAGGUCUUGGGGGGACUUUUGUGGAUGGUUCUCAUCUCAGGAGCACUGGAAGAUAGAUAUAGGACUUCUCAAGAAACUGAAACCCUGAGAUAGUGGGUUUAUUGUAAACCGACAACCAGGGUCUGGGGGUGUACAUACUGCUCACAAUAACAACAAACUCUGCUGUCCUCUUACACUACUACCUUUGUCUGAGAGCAAGAGCAUGGACAUGGCUUUUUGGAUUACACUUGACUGAGCUCAGCGGAGGUGACUCUGAAAUCUUAAAGAUGUAGCACUUAAAUACCAUAUACUCCACUGCAGCAUACUGAACAUGUGUAUUUUUUAUUCCCUUCUCGCCGCCUUGUGUAUUUAUAAAACACUUUGAGACAUAUUCUCUCAUGCCUCUUUUCCACUGCCAUUUUUCUGGUAGGCCUACAGCUCGACAUAGCACGACUCGGCCGCCACUUUUUGCUUUUCGAUUGGGCAUGACACAGCUCAAUCGAAGAGCAAAAAGUGGCGCCCGUGUCGCGCUGUGUCGAGCUAUAGGCCUACCAGAAAACCGCCAGUGGAAAAGAGGCAUUAGUUUUCUGUAAGUAGUCUUGAGUUCAUCUGAACAAUUGCAAACCAAAGGUAUAUUUUAUGUUGAGAAUGUAGUUUGGAGGCGAAUGAGCGCUACCUUGUUUUCACUGCCAUGUAAAGUAUUAGAAUUCAUGUUCUCAUUUCAUAAUUAAAAUGGCUUUGCUGUGACUGGACUCGCAACAAAGAGAAAAAAC